UUUUCCUUCUUCUUCCUUCAGAUUCAGAUCACAGCUUCUCUCACUUGUUCAACAAUGGCUCUCACCACCAUUCACACCAAUCUCUACAAACCAUCUCUCCUCUCCAAACCAUCUCUCUCCAAAUCCAAACCCAAUUCCCUGAUCGUCUGUUCAUCCAACAACAGUUCAAUUCCCGAACCAAUGAAAGCAUUCUCAGCAGCUUUAGCCCUUUCAUCAAUCCUCCUAACAUCAUCUCCAAUCGUUCCACCAGCAUCUGCAGACAUAUCAGGUCUAACACCAUGCAAAGACUCGAAACAGUUUGAGAAAAGAGAGAAACAACAGUUGAAGAAACUUCAAACGUCUCUCAAGUUGUAUUCUCCUGAUAGUGCGCCGGCGUUGGCUAUAAACGCGACCAUUGAGAAGACUAAGAGGAGAUUUGAUAACUAUGCGAAACAGGGUUUGCUUUGUGGGGCAGAUGGUUUGCCUCAUUUGAUUGUGAGUGGUGAUCAGAGGCAUUGGGGUGAGUUUAUAACUCCUGGGAUUUUGUUUUUGUAUAUUGCUGGUUGGAUUGGAUGGGUUGGAAGAAGUUAUUUGAUUGCUAUUAGAGAUGAAAAGAAACCUACUCAGAAGGAGAUUAUUAUUGAUGUUCCUUUGGCUUCUGGUUUGGUUUUUAGGGGAUUUAGUUGGCCUAUUGCUGCUUAUAGAGAGUUUCUUAAUGGUGAACUCAUUGAUCCCAAUUUCUAGAUUGAUUCAAGUUUCAAUGUUUUCUUCUUCAUCUUCUAUGUGUUCUUGUAUUUCCAUUUCUGAAAAAGUUAUCUUCUUGUAAAGGAAAGUGUUUGUAUCCAUCUAUUCAAACUUAUAAACAAUUUGGGUUAGUUUCA